CGGCUGAGCGCGGGAGGGCGGAUUCAGCGCUUGCCUUUCAGUGGAGGCCACGGCGCGCAGAGCUUGGCGAGCUUGACGCGCGAUCCCCGCUGGCGCCGGCCGGCGAGCUGGGUGCCUUGGAUACGCUGGCUUUGGAGCUUUCGUGGAGUGGGGACCGCCGAGGCAGUAGCUGUGACUACGGAUCUAGAUGUACACAGCAGAUGUGAAAACCAGGCUGUCGUCCUUGGAGAUGAAGGUCUGGAGCUGGGACCCCUGGUUAUAGGCGUGAAUGGGGGUCUGAACCAGGCUGACCAUCCCAAGAACAUGACAACAGCCCAGGACAGCCAUGGGCAAGGUGCCACGGCCACUUGUUCAACCUCCAACCUCAAGGCCCCCAAAAUGGUGACAUCAUCAGCAUGUCAAAAUGGAGGCUGCAAAGGCAGCCCCAGCAGUGACCCUGAAGUCCCAGAAGCCAGGCUCAGCCCUUCCAAGCUGGUUCGUCUCUUCUCUGGUAAUCGGAAGAGGAUGAGUUCACACUCUGAGAGGCCUCGCUCGGUGGUCCUUGUGGGGAAUUCCUCCACGUGGAAUGCCCUGGCCUCCUUCCGUAAAAUGGGAUCUUUUAAAAGAUUGAAAUCUUCUGUCCUUCAAGGAAUUCAGAACCGGGAGGGGGCAGAAAUUUCCAAGGAAGAGCCAGCAGGAGACCCCACAAGGGCUGCUCCCAAUGGCACCAUUGCUAUCCUGGGAAAGGGCCUGGGCAGAUGCCCAUCCUUGGGGCCUGCCGGGGAUGGGGCUGGGUCCGACUGCUCAGAUCCUGAGGACACGGAGGACGCCUUCCAGAGGAACACUCACCGUUCACGCAGCAUCCGCAGGGCCUAUGGCCUGGGCCGCAUCAGCCUGUUGGACCUGGGGCGCCAGCCAACACCGGAGCACGCCCUGUGCGAGAUCCACGUGCGCGACCCAGAGCCCAGCAGUGCUGUGCCGCUACCGCGCAGAAGCAAGAGCAUCGACAGCUUGAGCGUGCUGAAGAGCUCCUUCAAGCGCAAGUCAGCAUCCAACCUCACAGAGCUGCCAGGCGACAGGCAGAUUCCCCCUAGGACCUUCAGUAGCUUAUCCACCGACUCGGAGAAGCCGGGUGGCUCCGAGAGAAGAACCAGACGCUGGAGGAGCCCCAUCCGGGCCAAGGACUUCGACAGAGUCCUGAGACUGGUGAGCAAUGUCAAGGAUGCGGCCUGGAAGAGGGAGGCCUCCAGGAGCGCAGCCCCCAACCCUGGUCCCAGCCUGGGGGACGCGAACCCACCAGUGGGGCCGAGGAGCAGGCUGCAUGACGACUACUCGCGCCGCACCAGCAGCAGCGUGGAGCCAGAUGCCAGGCGUGGUGGCCCUUUGUCCUCACCCUGUAUCUCUGUACCGUGCCCUGCUUCAGCCAGCUCAGCUCCAGAACCCCACCUGGAUGUGGACACUGCAGUAUUCCCCCUGGAAACCAAAAGUGCUCAGCCACUGGGAAAUGAUGGACCUUGUGCCAGAAGCCCCUCACCGGUUCCCACAGGCCCAGAAGGGCUUAGCCAAGCCUCCAGUGAGUCGGAUACUGGUAGCCAGCGUCCCUAUGAGCCCAUGCAGCUUCCCACCCCCCUGAGGCCCACCACACCCAAGCCCCAAAGCCCCCAGAGCCCAGGAAGUACUAAAUGUCCCAGUAGUCUAAGCGUGCUAUCACUCAGUUCGGCGGACAGUGAAGAAAGGACAGAGGACGCCACCCAGAGGCAGCCAGGGCCCGUGUCCCUCCAGGAUGCUGUCUGCUCCGGAGCUGGUGAUGAGGGAAGAGAAAGCAGUGAUGGCUGUUUUCCUGCCAAUCGCAGUGGAGCUGCCAAUCCAGAAGAGAGGAAGGAAGAGGUGGUGACUGAGGAUGACUGGCGGCAGGGGUCAGCCCAGGAGGAAGAGCAGAGCGAGGCGCCCCGCAUCUCCAGGAGGAGAUGGAGCUCAGGGAAGCGCAGCCGGCCACGCCCACUGUCUGACUAUGGCCAGUUGGCCAGCAGAAGCCUGUCCAUUCCUGAAGAUGCCAUUGCUGCAGACCCUCCAGAUGAAGACCACAUGGACAGGACGCAUCCAGCAAGUGUGACCACCACCAGCCAGGAUGCAUGUGCCCCCUCAGUCUGUUCCAGGGGAGGCCGGAGAAGGCGACCUAUAUCUGUGAUUGGAGGGGUCAGCUUCUAUGGCAACGCCCAGGCAGAGGACGUGGAGAACCUCCUGGUCCAACCAGCAGCCAGGCCUCCCGUGCCUGCACACCAGGUUCCACCCUACAAAGCUGUGUCUGCCCGCCUUCGGCCCUUCACCUUUUCCCAGAGCACUCCCAUCGGGCUGGACCGCGUGGGCCGCCGCCGGCAGAUGAAAGCAUCCAAUGUCUCUUCAGAUGGAGGUACAGACUCUUCAGUGUUAGUGGAUGACAAUGGUAGCGAGGAAGACUUCAGCUAUGAAGAGCUCUGCCAGGCCAACCCUCGGUACCUGCAGCCAGGCGGGGAACAGCUGGCCAUCAAUGAGCUCAUCAGCGAUGGCAGCGUGGUCUGUGCGGAAGCACUUUGGGACCAUGUGACCAUGGACGACCAGGAGCUGGGCUUUAAGGCUGGGGAUGUCAUCCAGGUCCUGGAAGCCUCUAACAAGGACUGGUGGUGGGGCCGGAAUGAAGAUAAGGAGGCCUGGUUCCCUGCAAGCUUUGUUAGGCUUCGAGUCAACCAGGAGGAACUGCCAGAGAGCAGUAGCAGCUCCCACGGGGAAGAGCAGGGUGAGGACACCAGCAAGGCCCGCCACAAGCACCCCGAGAGCCAGCAGCAGAUGCGCACCAAUGUCAUCCGGGAGAUCAUGAACACGGAGCGAGUGUACAUCAAACACCUCAAGGACAUCUGUGAGGGCUAUAUCCGACAGUGUCGUAAGCACACGGGAAUGUUCACUGUUGCGCAGCUAGCCACUAUUUUUGGAAACAUUGAAGACAUUUACAAAUUCCAAAGAAAGUUUCUGAAAGACCUUGAGAAACAGUACAACAAAGAGGAACCUCACUUGAGUGAAAUAGGAUCCUGCUUUCUUCAGCACCAAGAGGGCUUUGCCAUCUACUCUGAGUACUGCAACAACCACCCAGGUGCCUGUGUGGAGCUGUCCAACCUCAUGAAGCAGAGCAAGUACCGGCACUUCUUUGAGGCCUGCCGCCUGCUCCAGCAGAUGAUUGACAUCGCCCUGGAUGGCUUUCUCCUCACACCUGUGCAGAAGAUCUGUAAAUACCCACUGCAGCUGGCUGAGCUGCUCAAGUACACCACACAGGAGCACAGUGAUUACAACAAUAUAAAAGCGGCCUACGAAGCCAUGAAGAAUGUGGCCUGCUUGAUCAAUGAGCGCAAGCGCAAGCUGGAGAGCAUCGACAAGAUUGCCCGUUGGCAGGUGUCCAUCGUAGGCUGGGAGGGCCUGGACAUUCUAGACCGGAGCUCCGAGUUGAUUCACUCCGGAGAGCUGACCAAAAUCACCAGGCAGGGCAAGAGCCAGCAGCGGAUCUUCUUCCUCUUCGACCACCAGCUGGUGUCCUGCAAGAAGGACCUGCUGCGCAGGGACAUGCUGUACUACAAGGGACGCAUGGACAUGGACGAGGUGGAGCUCGUGGACGUGGAGGAUGGGCGGGACAAAGACUGGAACCUCAGCAUGCGUAAUGCCUUCAAGCUGGUCAGCAGAACCACGGAGGAGGUCCAUCUAUUUUGUGCCAGGAAGCAAGAAGACAAGGCCAGGUGGCUGCAGGCCUAUGCAGAUGAGAGGCGGCGGGUACAGGAGGAUCAGCAGAUGGGAAUGGAAAUCCCAGAAAAUCAAAAGAAACUUGCCAUGUUGAACGCUCAGAAGGCAGGACACGGGAAAUCUAAAGGCUACAGCAGCUGCCCUGCGGCCCCACCCCACCAGAGCCUGCCCCCUCUUCACCAGCGUCACAUCACUGUGCCCACCAGCAUCCCACAGCAGCAGGUCUUCGCCCUGGCUGAACCCAAGAGGAAGCCCUCACUAUUCUGGCACACCUUCCACAAACUCACCCCCUUCCGGAAGUGAGCCUUAUCUAGAGCGCAACUGAGGUACCAUGGGCAGGAAGACCAGUUUUGUCUCUUCAGUGUGCUGUCCAGGCCCGGCGUCUUGCUCAGUGCUGAACUCUUCUUUUGGGGAUCAGUGAAAGGGUGAAGGAGUUAGAUUCAUCUCUAUCUUGAGAGACCCCGGUGCCCCCAUGAAAGGAAGAAGGCCAUGAAGCACUGCUCUGUCCCACACUGGAAGCCAAGGCGCACUCUCAGGUGGCCAGGAUAUAGGGACAUGGGGCUGCCGACUCAGUGGCCUUGUGAGUUUGCCACUAACAGUCAACACUCCUGCUGAAAUUCCAUACAGUACGAGGAGCCUUUCAGUCCCUCAGGAGCAACUGCAUUAAGAAAGCCUUCUGUGCUUCAUCAGGGGUGACUGGAAGGAGUUGGCAGCUGUGGGACGAUCUGGUUCAGGUCAGGCCUGGAGAAGACAAUGAAGCAGCUAGAGCCGGUGCCCACAGUUUUCCAAGGUGUAGCAGGUGCCAAGCAAGAGUGUAGGCCUCAUCUUGCUGGCAGUGUGGGGAUAAUCACGUCCUCCUGAUUUGUCCCUCUUGCCUCUUAAAGCAGAGGUCAUGUCUUGCUCACUCAUCACAGCCUAGGAAACUGCCAUUCACAGAAGUGAUGGUGGGAAAAUUCUGUGCACGUGGGCGUCUUCAGCAGCCAUUUGCAGUGCCUUCCCCAUUGAGACAGUCAAGUCCCAGACAUCCAUAGAGAAAACUAGGGGCAAAAAACAUCCUGCUUCUUGGGGAAAUGGAGCCAUGUCUGUCACAUGAGCCCGAAACAGUAGUGCAUGGCUGUGCCAACUGGAGAGUCUCAUUUUGAUGACUCCUUAGCUCUGAGAGAGCUGUCUCUUAACAGAGGCCACACGGGCUGACACCUGCAGAGUAACCUUUCUCUGCUGACAUUGUGGAGUUUGAUGAAAAUGCCUUUUAAUUUGAAAGGAAGACUGGUUCUGCAUUUUAAUCUACACAGGGGGCUGGCCAGGAGUCCUGCUUCACAGCAUGUGCUUUGCUUUGGACAAGCUCGCUCUCGUGUCCUGUUCUUACAAGGUUCUCCCCUCUUGUCAGCUCUUGCUUGACAAACAAGUCUCCAGAGUGAGCGAUGAAGGUGUGGGUCCGCCAGCAUAGUUCCUCCACCCCGUCCCCAUAGCUAUGCCUGAAACAGGUGGCCUCACAACCGAUGACCUUGAUCCUGGACCUGGGAUUAGCUUUAACCCUGCUGGGCGUCCUUGGCAUGGUCACUUAGAGGCAGCACUGCUGGGGAUUGGGGUCAGUGGCCCAUGGUUGUUUUUGUGUGCUAUGAAGUCAUUCAGUGCACAGAGCAUGCAGAGUGUGUGUGUGUUUGUGUGUGUUUGUGUGUGUUUGUGUGUGUGUGUGUGUGUGUGUGUAUGAGGGGGAAAGGGGGGCUCAACUUCAGCUGCAUUUAUAUAACUGAGGUUUUGGUUGGGUUUUGGUUGGUAGUUUGUUUUUCCUAUAAAGUGGAAUAUAUUUUGGAAACCAUUCUUAGUGUACUUUGCCCCAGUGUAUAUGUACAGCAGUUUCAACAGUUGUGUUGUUAACAUGAGAGUUGCUUUAAGGAAGUGAAGAAUCUUUUGGUCCUGUUUAUUUUCACUGAGGAUUCAACUUGGGUCAGUCUCAUUGUAGACUUCAUUUGCUGUUACAGGUAAUGACAGUGAAGAAAUAAUACAUUAAGUAUGUGACUAGUCAAUUUAUUUCCCAGCUGCCCUAACUUCCGGUUCCCACCUACCUCCACUGACUUCCUAACAAUUAUGGACAUAAGGAUGUGUUUAUAUCAAGUCAUUUUCAAGACCUGGGCUGGCCCUAGGCAAUUUUAUACAGCCUGAGAAGUGUUUGAUCAAAUGUCUGUCUGGGUGAAUCUCACUUGGAAUUUCUGGGUGGUUUUGAAAACUAACGUGUUUUUAAAAGAUAUGAUGACUUUGUAAAUAUCUGUAUGUCUGUAUACAUUUUAUUACCAAAUUCCUGAGUUGUAAAGAAAGUGGAAGAUGUUUAGUACUUUAUUUUCAGCUCUCCAAACUUCCUUCUUGAUUUAAGGCUUCUUCUCUACUUUGAAAGAGGAGAAGCAACAAAGAGCCUCCUGCCUGAAUUCUGUCUGAUGCUUGCAAACAAACCUCCCCCCGCCCCCAGUGGGCCCAAAAAAUAUUGGUUAUGUAGGUUGUUGAUGGCUUUCAUUUGUUCUGUUUUUGGUGUUUAAUUUGCCGGCUCUGUUGCCAUGGCUGAGGCAGCCUCGUGGUUCAGUGUAUACUGUAGUGUAUAGUCACCACGUGGUAGGUGGAACGUGAUCACAGACAAUACUUGAAUGUCUGGAAAAAGAGAGGACAUUCCAGGCUCUGUCCCCAAAAGUAAAGUAGGGUGACAGACAGCUAGUUGGGGCUCUCGUGAACCUUAGCUGCCGUCGUCAUGUGUUCUGGUUGUUGUCUCCACAUGGUAGAUCUGCUUCUGCAAGUGAGAAUCGCCACUGCUAGGGAAUGCCAUUUCUGAAUACUGUGCCUUUUGCUGUCCAAUCCAUUGAACGCUGGUUCCACGCCCUGAGUUGCUGCUGUUACAUAGAAAACAAGAGUGUAUUUAAUUCAAAAUUCAGUUCACAGCGCAAGUCCCUGAUAAGUGCCAGCGACACAGCAUGUGGAAAUCUGUGCCUGGAUUACUGAUAUUUCUCAGCACAGGUCAGUCCUGUUUUCCAGCCAGAGUUUCCUGGAGCCAGAGCAUGGCUUCCACAUUAAGGCUUCAUCACAAACAGGAAAAACAGAAGUGUCUUCAGGCCAAGAAAUCUAAGUCAAUGCCUUUCAGCAGCUGAUAGCCAGGGUACUGGGCACAGAGGUGCCCGCUAAUACAGUCUCUUCUCAGGAUCCAGGGAAAGGGGAGUUUGAAAGAUUUAGGACAAACAUAAGUAGAAGCUUCUAGUUAGUUUUGGAGGGGGGUGGGCAGCUUGUAUAAUGAAUGUAAAUGUGCUUAGCCAUCCCGUGUACUUUAUUUUGUAGCCUUUACUGUUCUCCUAGGCAUUGCCAAUUAUAUUUAGGAAGUACUUUGAGCCGCUUCUAUAAUUUAAUAAAUUGGUUCCUUUUGGAGGUAUGUAUUGGUGCCCACUGUGUGUGACUUGCCGGUCUUCUUGGCUAUGCUUCUGAUGAUAACUAAUCCACAUUGGGGUGCUGUCACCUGUGUAAGCCAAGGGCUGCUCCUGGACUGCUGGGUUAGCUUCAACCCUGAAAUAGGACCUAUGUACAAGACGUGCAUUUUUGCUGAAUGAAGGGUUUUUGUUGUUUUUAAAAUACUGUUACUCGAUUUCUUGUAAAUGCUGUGAAUCUCUUGUCAUUUUGUAUCUGUAUAUUAAAAUUAAUUUGCCAA